UCAGCAAGAGAACUAUCCAUGUGCUAACAGAACAGACCUCAUGGAUCAUGUUUCUGUUCAAGAAGAUUCCGCGCGGCAGCAAAAUGUGCUCGGUUUCGCAGAAAUCGGUGAUUCCCAAGAAAUAUCUGGGUUUUUGGACAGUCUUACACCGCCUUACCAGAGCCCUGUCCCCAUAAAGAAUGAAAUAAACAUCAUGUCCAUGGACUCUGACGCAUUUUCCAGUCCCUCCUCACAACAAUUAACGUCACUGAUGGACGUUAGUUUGCCAGAUCAGGUUGUAGUCAAGAGAGAGAACUGUAACGUCAAAAUGUCCCAUGCACUCACAAACGUGUCUUCUUCCACAAUACAGAACACUUAUAUGGGACACUUUGCAAUGUCCAGGUUAAUCAUGCCUUUGACGCCGCCCAGUUCAGAACCUGGUAGUGACUCUGUCGAUUCAGUGAACAUAAGGACGACACCACCCCCACCGUACGCACCUGGUUCUUUACUACCAGCACUCGUUAUAGAUACCAGGGAAGGCAUGGGACUAACGUCCAGGACUUAUAACAGAAGAAAUAACCCUGAACUGGAAAAGAGGAGAACUCAUCGAUGCGUAUUCCCAGGUUGUCAAAAAGUUUAUACUAAAAGCUCUCAUCUAAAAGCGCAUGAAAGGAUUCAUACGGGGGAGAAGCCUUAUCGUUGCUCCUGGGACAAGUGCGGCUGGAGAUUUGCUCGUUCAGACGAACUCACGCGUCACUUUCGAAAACACACUGGAGACAAACCUUUCAAGUGUCGUGUCUGUGAACGAUCUUUUGCAAGAUCAGACCACCUGGCCUUGCACAUGAGAAGACAUGCGCCCAAGAGCAAAUGA